GUUUUAUUUUGACAGGGCACACCGGCAGUUUCGGCGUGUUGUCCUGUCCAACUUGACUCUGCUCGCUUUUCAUUGGGAGUGCGGACGCUCAGCCCGAGGGAAGGAAGGUUUUGUGGAAACUUGAGGACAUGCGGCGUCCUCUACAAACUUUACUCAAACCGAACUUUCCCCGAGCUGAAGAAGGACCCGAAGCGUGAAGAAUGAACUGAACCGAGGCAGAGAGGAAGAGGAGAGGAGGGGGGAGAAGAGCCGUUCACUCCCAUUGAUCCUGUAUCGAGGGCUCCUGUGGUAAAGAUGCAGGCUGCUGCUGCUCUGGCUCUGACCGUGCUGAGUGUUUUCUCCAGCCUGGACUGCCUGUGUGCCCACAGGUCCAAAACAAACCAGACACAGCACCAGGACCACAGGAACACUGUGAGUGACGAGGCAGAGCCGAAGCAGAAGAACCAGCCGCACAUCAUAUUCAUCCUGACAGACGACCAGGGCUUCAAUGACAUCGGCUACCACAACCCGACCAUCAAGACUCCCACUCUGGACAAACUGGCAGCGGAGGGCGUCAGGCUGGAGAAUUACUACGUCCAGCCCAUCUGCACCCCGUCACGCAGCCAGCUCAUCACUGGCAGAUAUCAGAUCCACACCGGACUACAGCACUCUAUUAUCAGACCCAGCCAGCCGAGCUGUCUGCCUUCACACAUGGACACGCUGCCUGAGAGGCUCAGAGAGGCCGGCUACACCACACAUAUGGUCGGCAAGUGGCAUCUAGGCUUCUACAGGAAAGCAUGUCUGCCCACCAGGAAGGGUUUCGACACUUUCUUUGGUUCUUUAACAGGAAGUGUGGAUUACUACAGUUAUGGCUCCUGCGACGGCCCAGGGCUGUGCGGGUACGACCUCCAUGAUGACGAGGGCGUGGCGUGGGGCCAGGAGGGAAAAUACUCCACGGUGCUGUUCACACAGAGAGCUCGCAAGAUCCUCGAGAGUCACAACCCCGCGGACAGGCCGCUCUUCCUGCUGCUCUCCCUCCAGGCAGUUCACACUCCUCUACAGCCUCCGAAGCCCUACAUCUACCCCUACCGUGACAUGGCCAAUGUUGCGAGGAGAAAGUUUGCCGCCAUGGUUUCCACGGUGGACGAGGCGGUCCGAAAUGUCACCUACGCCCUCAGAAAGCACGGAUACUACAAGAACAGUGUCAUCAUCUACUCCACCGACAACGGCGCUCAGCCGUUUACGGGAGGCAGCAACUGGCCACUACGAGGCCGCAAGGGUACGUAUUGGGAGGGUGGAGUCCGAGGCGUGGCGUUCGUCCACAGUCCUCUGCUGAGACGCAGGAGACGGGUCUCCAAAGCUCUUCUCCACAUCACCGACUGGUUCCCCACACUGGUGAGCCUGGCCGGGGGAAACAUCAGCCAGAGCCAGGGCCUGGAUGGUUUUGAUGUUUGGCCCGCCAUCAGUGAAGGGAGAGAGUCACCUCGUCACGAGAUCCUUCACAACAUCGACCCCCUGCACAAAGCUCCUGCUCAAACCCUGACCUGGGACGCAGACACAGAGGAAGCCUCAGAACGCACCUCAAAAGGCCCCGCGUUUAAGAAGCCAAAGAAGAAGAAGGUCCUGAAGCAGAAACCAAAGCAGAAGUCGGCGUUCAGGUUAAAGACCGCCAAGAAACAUGCUGCUAAACCUAAACCCAAACCUAAAUCCAAGCCCCUUCCCAAACUGAAGCAGAAGCCCCUCCUGAAAUCAAAGCCCAUACCGAAACCCAAGACCAAAGCCUACUCUCAGCACAGGUCCCUGCCCCAUCACAGGCCACAUCUGAAGUCCUACUCCAGUGGUACUCCACCAGUGUCAGGAACAUCCCGCCCCAAAGCUCAGGUCCAGUCAGGUGUAAGGUCAAAAUCCAGACGGACCGUAUCCCAGAAGCAGAACUUGUCAAGGUCUGGAUCACCUCAGCCAAAAUCCAAGACACAGCUCAAACUACAUUCAAAGUCAAAGACCAGGAGGACGCUAUCCCAAUACCAGAAUAUGUCCCACCCAGGGACAGCCCUGCCUGAGUCCCAUCCAACGUCGCAGUUUAGGCCCCCAUCAUCCCAGCCAGUAUGGGACACAUCAGUCCAGGCUGCCAUCAGAGUUGGAGACUGGAAGCUGCUAACAGGAGACCCAGGCCAUGGAGACUGGGUCCCCCCACAGGUACUCCCCACUCUACCUGGCCGCUGGUGGAACCUUGAACGCACCUUCUCGUCUUUCUACAAAUCCUCCACCCACAAAAACAUAUGGCUGUUCAACAUCACAGGCGACCCAUACGAGCGGCACGACCUGGCAGACCAGAGGCCCGACGUGGUCCAGCAGCUGCUGGCCCGGCUCGCUUACUACAACCAAACAGCGGUGUCAGUUUACUUCCCCCCCGACGACCCUCGAGCCAAUCCAAACAAGCACGGUGGCGCCUGGGUGCCCUGGGUGGACGAAGAGGAGGACGAGGAGGGAAAAUAUCAGGGGGUGUACAAGAAAGGUAAGACCAACAGGAAGAAGAGGAAGAAGAAGAGGUGCCAGCUGUGCAAGCUGAGGUCGUUCUUUCUGAAACUGAACACCAGGAUGAUGUCCAAUCGGAUCUGAGGAGUCGACUCAGCCAGGGACAGUUUUCUUUUUAGCCAUGAGGUGCAUGUGUGAAAGACGUCGACACUUUUUUAAUGUUGCAUCUUCGUAAAAAAGGUGGCAACUAGGUGAGUUAAUUCCACCACGUUCAGUCAAAGUAAACCUCUUUCAAGAACCGUCUCAAUCAUGUCCUUUCACUGGCUUCACUCUUCAAGUCACAUUUUUUUUUCUUGAUUUUCAAAAACAUUACUUUGUCAUUUGUAGGCAAAUAUACGUUGUAUUCAUACAUGUACUGUCCAAUAUCUCGUCUGAGUUUAGGGAUCUGAGGUGACACUGACCGGUGUCCAGCUGGAUUGUAAAGACCUCAGGUAUAAGACUCUUUUCAGCUGAUUUUAUAAGAUUUUGAAACUUUUUCAGAUUCUGCUGUCACCCGUGAUAUGACCAAGGUGAGCGGAGCUUGGCUCACGGUGCUCAUGGUGUUUAAAACGAAGCCGUUUCUCAGUUGUCAGUUUUCAGUAUAAAAACAUUGGUGAUGAUGAGGUCUGUGAAUUAUUCGGAGUAACUCGAGUAUUUGGGACACUCUUUGCGACUCAUACUGUUCGUUGAGAUAAAUGCAGCAACACAUGAUAGCAACAAAUAAAAGUGAAAAUGUUUUCAUGGCUAGAUACAGGAUUAGACAGGUUUUGCAAUUAGUUUUGCAAUUAAGGUGAAGUGAACCUUUAAAUUAUUCAACGAUGCUACGCCUGUUCUCAAAGGCUGUGACUGCUGUUAGUCUCAUCGUGUCAGCCGUUUCUUUGUUGUUGUUAUUCCAUUUCAUUUUUCAUCCCUCACCAUCUGACAGAGUCCUUGGCACGAGGACUGACUUUGUGUGACAGUAAAAUGUAUAUUGACACUGUAAACGAUUUGUUUUAAAUUUUAAACAUAAAACUGUCAUUUUUAAGAAUCUCUUAGUGAAGCGACGCUGACAGAUUUUACUGUAUGUUCACACCAACAGUUUCUACACUUACAAAUCCCGACUUAGAGGCAGGUGUUUAUAGUGACGGUGCAUGAUCAUAAUAAUUAUAAAUCACUUUGUUGUUUUUCUUUGGUUUGUUUGUGGCAAACAAGAAACAAGAAAACAUUACGAAGGACUUUUUGAUAUAUAUAUUUUUUAUAUUUUCACUUUUUGAGUUUCACUUUCCAGUGAUUUCAGAUGUUUCUCUGUUACGUGUUCUUAGUUAUUAUUGUGUGUUGCUUUUCUUUACAUAUUAUUACUCUGGCUGAAACAGGCCUUUGGAUACUGUGGCUGUUUGAAUGUACUGCCAGUGGCAAGCAUCUUUUGACUAUGAAUUUACAGUAUGUGUGUUUUAAUUCACUACAUCCAACUGUGAACAGCAGAAAAUGGCAUUUGAAUUUACUGUUUCACGACAUAUAGACGUAACAUCACUAUCUUAAUGUUUUUAAGCAUUUUCACAACAUUUAGUGACAGAAUCCGCUUUUCAUUUUCAAUUCCACCAGUUUCAGGAGAAAAGUUAUUUAAAAUAAAUAAACUCAGUGUACCAGUGUAAAAUAAUGAACAUACAGUAGCAUUUAUUCCCGCCCGAUGUAAAGAUCGUAAUGAUUCUGUCGUUAAUUAAAACUCUUCAGAAAACAGAGCGGAGGAAGUAAAACGUGUUACAGCAAACAUUUCACCAUCAUGAGCAGCAUCUUUGAAGGAAGAUGUUGGUUUUCUCCACUUGAGCGAGACACCCACACACUCUAAAUAUUUCAGGGUAUUUGCUCAAUAUCUAACAAACCUGGUCUGUGGCUGUUCUGCAGCAGUACGUGGCAGAGUGAGUGUGCAGCAGAGUGCUCCUGAGAAAACACUUUAAAUGGACAUUGGUUUUCUCCACCCUGAGUAAAUAAAGGUAAUAAAAUUAGA